UUUUAUACAUUUAAAAAGAAAUCUGCAUGUCAAGUUGUAAGAGGUCAUAUCAGGUCAUGCAAAUGGCGGACGUUUGAUUUUCGGUGAACUACAUUUUUUUCAGAAAUUCGCGGCCCCGUACAGCUGUAAACAUGAAUGUGUGCAGAAGUUUCGGCAGUCGGCUGGUGAAAGAUAUAACCAAGACGAGAUGGAGGAUGUUUCAGACCGCCUCCCUACCAGUGAUCGGCUCCAAACCGGACACUUACUCAGCCGAGUACCAGGAUAAUUAUGAUAAGAUGAGCACCCUGGUGACGGACCUGAGGCAGUUGGUGGGCAGGAUCACACAGGGUGGCGGGGAGAAGGCCAUCCAACGGCACACAUCAAGGGGCAAGCUCCUUCCCAGGGAAAGAAUCAACUCCCUCUUGGACCCAGGAUCUCCGUUCCUGGAGCUGUCCCAGUUAGCUGCUUAUAAACUAUAUGGAGAGGAGGAGGUACCAGCGGGGGGAAUCAUUACUGGUAUUGGAAGGGUGUCAGGGGUUGAGUGCAUGGUUGUUGCCAAUGAUGCCACCGUAAAGGGAGGAACCUAUUAUCCAAUCACUGUCAAGAAACAUCUCAGAGCGCAAGAGAUCGCACAGCUCAACAGGCUUCCCUGUAUUUACCUAGUGGACUCAGGAGGCGCAAACCUGCCCCGCCAGGCAGAUGUGUUCCCAGACAGGGACCAUUUUGGUCGGAUUUUCUACAACCAGGCAACAAUGUCCUCCAAUGGGAUUCCUCAGAUCGCCAUAGUUCUGGGUUCCUGUACAGCAGGGGGCGCUUAUGUACCAGCCAUGGCGGAUGAGAGCGUCAUCGUCAGGAGACAGGGAACCAUCUUCCUCGGAGGACCUCCUCUGGUGCAAGCAGCUACAGGUGAAGUAGUGUCAGCUGAAGAGCUUGGUGGGGCAGACCUACAUUGCAGCAAAUCUGGAGUAACCGAUCAUUAUGCCCUGGAUGACCAGCAUGCUUUGCAUAUAGCCAGAAGGAUUGUGGGUAAUCUCAACUACACCAAGUCUCCAAGUGUGACGAUUAUGGAGCCAGAAGAGCCCCUGUACCCAGCUGAUGAGCUGUAUGGCAUUGUGGGAGCCAACCUCAAGAAAACAUUCGACGUCAGACAAGUCAUUGCCAGAAUAGUGGACGGCAGUAAGUUUGAUGAGUUCAAGGCCAUGUAUGGUGACACACUAGUAACAGGAUUUGCCAGACUGUACGGAUACCCUGUAGGGAUUAUUGGUAAUAACGGCGUCCUGUUCUCAGAGUCAGCACUCAAGGGAACCCAUUUCAUUGAGCUCUGCUGCAAAAGAGGCAUUCCACUCAUCUUCCUUCAGAACAUCACAGGGUUCAUGGUGGGUAAGGAUGCAGAGGCUGGUGGGAUAGCGAAGGACGGAGCCAAGAUGGUGACGGCCGUGUCCUGCGCCAAGGUCCCCAAGUUCACCGUCAUCAUCGGGGGGUCGUAUGGAGCAGGGAAUUAUGGGAUGUGUGGCAGGGCUUAUGGCCCCAGGUUCCUGUACAUGUGGCCCAACUCCCGUAUCUCAGUGAUGGGAGGAGAGCAGGCAGCCAACGUCCUGGCCACCAUCAGUAAGGAGCAGAGAAGACGGGAAGGGAAGGAGUUCACAGCUGAAGAAGAGAAAGCCUUAAUGGACCCCAUCAUCAAGAGGUUUGAGAUAGAAGGACACCCCUACUUCUCCAGUGCCAGACUGUGGGACGACGGAGUUAUAGAUCCAGCCGACACCAGGACAGUCCUAGGUCUCAGUCUCAGUGCUGCUCUGAACGCUCCCAUCGAGAAAACACAGUUUGGCGUGUUCAGAAUGUAAACUAGUACUAUCCACUGCCAUCUCGAGAUCCGUUUUCAACAACAGCACAAUAAAAUUCAAAUAUGAUAUACAUGUAUGCCUGUAGCAUGUGUACUCUCGGACUGGUACCUCAGAGAAUCUCCCAGUACUUGAUAAGACUUACUUUCAACUGGUAUCAAAAGGAAGGCGAAAUAUUGCUCCAAGAGGGAUGCAACAUACACCUAUAGUAGAUCUGGGCCAUCAGAAGCAAUUUGUGUCAGGUUUUCUCUCAUGACCAACAGGUUUCUAACCCUGAAUAUUUUCCCUUUAAGUUAUCGAACAGUCUCAUUUUAAUCUAUCAACACACCAAUUUGCCUUACUUUGUGUUCUUCAUUAGCAACAGAAUUACAACAUGAAGUGGAUGGUUGCCGAUAUUUUUGGCACAUGCAUAUAGAUACUCGAGUGGUUAAGGCAGAAAUGAUGAAUUUAGGUUGCAAUAGAUCUAUAAAAAUAAGUUGAGGACAUUAUGGGGGCAAAUGUGGACGUGUCAUGAAAAAUCACCUGUCUGUUACUGCCAGCUGAAGUGGUACUGAAACUUGAUUUACAUACAGUAUAUACAAACUGUACAUGUGUGUGUGCAUGCAUCUGUAGAGUCCAUUCCAAGACACCACACAAGUUUUUCAACAUUAGUAAUAUUUUCUAAUUAUUGUCAUAUUCUUAUAGAUUGUUAUGACACCCGUGCCGUGUCUUGGAAUGAACUCUACUGAAACAAGAAGUCUUUUAUUUAACUGUUUCAGACAACUUUUUUUCUCUGAAUCCUAUUAAAAACUAGAAGUUUAAGUUACAUGAAACCUUAAAUACUGAGGCUAGUGUAAGUCUCCUCACAAAUGAGAGACAAUAAAAAUAACUUCAAAAACGAA